AUGGAGGCAGCCUCUAACGCGAUCGAAGGAAGAUCGCCUCCGAUCUACCGCCUGAACGAAGAUCUGCUACUGAAGAUUUUCAUGUUUAACGCGAACAUGGACGAAGAUCCUUGCGAUUUUGACAAAGCUAUCCAGGAUUGGGGACCACGAGCACUGACGGACACUCGCAGCGCAUCCCACGUCUGGCGCCUCUGGCGGCAAGCGAUACUUUCAUCAACAUCGUUGUGGGGAAGGCUCGUCGACCUUGAAUACCUCAUCCACCUGAAGGAGGAGUGGAGAUGGGAGAUCAUAUGCCGCACAGGAAUAUCCCCUUUGCACGUCAAAGGCAAGCAGGCAAACAAGAAUCCCGCCUUUUUGCCUUUGCUCGCCCACAUCCUUGAUGCCCAUUGGGAGCGGAUCGACACGCUCGAUGGAGAUCUCUGGUAUCCGAUAGCGCGGCCGUCGAAAGCGUUGAAAAUCAUUCGCAUCAAUCUCGGUGCCCUAGACCAACCGAUUCACUCAGGGUUGAGCCAAACAUUAUUUGGUAACGAUGCGCCCGAGCUGCGCGAAGUACACUUCCCCAUGUACCUCUCAGCAAAUCUCUACUUUUACUCGUCGUGGUUCAGCCAGCUCUGUCACCUCACCGUCUCCAACUCGACUUCAGCGCCUCGCCCAACGCUUUUGGCGUGGUUGGAAAGGCUCUGCGGUAUGCCCCAACUUCAAACUCUCAGCCUAUGCAGUGUAUUCGAUCCCGUCCUCGAAGACCCGAUGCCACUCCCAGUCGUUCAACUACCCAAUCUUACGGAACUCCAAGUCUCGCACGACGUUUACUCUGCCGCGUUGUUUUUGAACCAUAUCGAGGCGCUGCCAGAGUGCAGAUUGGGUAUCAACACAUUUGAAAGAUCCAGCACAGUUGAAUUUCCAUCCCGAAGCCUCCUGAUCAGCGAGGUGUUGUCGAAAUACAGCCAACGUUGGUUCUCAGCAAACACCAAAUACACAAACCUCACUCUGGAGACUAUCUGGGGUACUUUGCUAAUGGAGCAGUUUGAACAGAAUCGCUCACGCUUUCCUGACCCGGUAUUUGCGGCCAGUCUCGACAUCGACCAUAACGCCUUCUUUCUCUGCAACUUCCGCCACAUCACGACGCUCUGUAUGUAUAUCGAUUUCGCUCCGGGCAUGGUGCCCCCCGGGACAAUUUCAAGCCUUCGGAAUCUCAUGCUUAAUUUCGUGUUUGCUUUGCCCGAGGUUCGGUCGCUCUCCACCACAAUGGAUGUCAUCACUCAACUCACACGGCUUCCACGAGGCGCCGGGGCACCACCCGUAUUUCCCAAGCUGCAGACACUGUACCUGAGCGUAACUUCUGUCGUCUGGGAGAACGGGCAUGUCGGACUCGUCGAUCAUGGACUUGAAGUAGGCGAGGAAUUCUUUCGGCAACGGGUGGAAGAUAACCGUCCCGUGCAGAUUCUCGAUCUUACCUCGUGCUUGGACUUGAAGAACUUUAGCUACCUCGAAAAGCUGGGAGGGAUGAAGGUAGUAUGGACCGACAGGGAAGGAAAUCGGCAGGAGGCAAUCUGUAGCUCAGGAAGAGUUGCCGAAGGACUCGGACCACUUAUAUGA